AUGGGUCGAGAAAAGCGUGGAAGUAUAUUUACUUCUCACACCCGACUCCGCCAAGGCGUUGCCCAAUUCCGUACCCUCGAUUUCGCCGAAUCCAAGGGAUACAUUCGAGGUGUCGUCAAGGAGAUUAUUCAUGAUCCAGGUCGUGGAGCCCCUCUUGCGAAGGUUGUCUUCCGUGAUCCAUACCGAUUCAAGCUUCACACCGAACUCUUCAUCGCCAACGAGGGCAUGUACACUGGUCAAUUCAUCUAUGCCGGAAAGAACGCCGCUCUGACUGUCGGAAAUGUCCUUCCCCUCGCCUCCGUCCCCGAAGGAACCGUCGUCUCGAACGUUGAGGAGAAGCCAGGAGAUCGUGGUGCUUUGGGCCGAACCUCUGGCAACUAUGUUACCGUCAUUGGACACAACCCUGAGGAUGGCAAGACCCGUGUCAAGCUCCCAUCUGGCGCAAAGAAGGUCAUCAAGAGCAGUGCCCGUGGUAUGAUUGGUAUUGUUGCUGGUGGUGGAAGAACCGAUAAGCCCAUGUUGAAGGCAUCCCGUGCUAAGCACAAGUUCGCUGUUAAGCGUAACUCUUGGCCCAAGACUCGUGGUGUUGCCAUGAACCCCGUCGACCAUCCUCACGGUGGUGGUAACCAUCAACAUAUCGGUAAGGCUUCUACGAUCUCGAGAUACGCUGCACAAGGUCAAAAGGCGGGUCUCAUUGCUGCUCGGAGAACUGGUCUGUUGCGUGGUACUCAAAAGACAAAGGACUAA